AUGGAACCCAACGACAACACCAACAACCUUCCACACAGCUCCCACAGCCGCGACGACAACCUCACACUUCCCACCACCAACACGAACACCAGCACCAAGCCCGACCCGCCGCCCGGCGUCGUCGCCGGCUCCCUCGCCAUCUGCGCCGCCUUCGUCCUCUUCGGGCUCGGGUGCUACUUCCUCUCCCGCUGGCUGCAGCGGCGCCGCGCUCCGCAGACGCCGAAAACCCUGCCGGGGUGGACCCGCCAACAGGUACAUGGCGUGGACAGGACGGCGAGGAGGGAGUUUGGGGGCGCUGUGUGA